AUGGAUAACUUGGAACGACUGAAGAAGAUGCGAGCUUCCAGCCGAGCGACUGUGACGCGUAUCAUCAACGAUUUGAAGACCCUCAUAGCUACAUCGCCCCACGAUCCUGCUCAGCUUACUGCGAAGCUUACGUUUCUCGAAACAAAAGCAUCAACCUUGACUCAGCUCAACCAAGAGAUCCAGGCCCUUAUCGACGAAGCAUCUUUGGAAGCAGAAUGCGAUGCCUGCGAUCAGUACUCGGAAUCUAUUAUCACUAUCUCGGUUCAAGUCCGUGAAGCUCUGAACACCGCUCUCGGUGCCACGAGACUGGCAUCCGCUCAGGUCGGCAGUGCUCCACAGCCUUCGUCUGCUACAUCUCAAGACGUGGGCCCUCCUGCAGACGGCGUCAAAUUGCCGAAGUUGCGGAUUGACUCCUUUUCUGGUGAGCUGUCUCAGUGGCAAGGUUUCUGGGAUCAGUUUCGUGUCAGUAUUCAUGAGAACCCCAGACUUUCUAACGUCACCAAGUUCAAAUAUUUGAUAUCACUCGUCACCGGACCCGCUGCUCGAGCGAUAGAGGGGCUAUCACUCAGGGACGAGAACUACGUUACGGCCGUCGAUAUCCUCAAGACACGGUUUGGCAAGACUGAGCUUUUGGUGAGCGACCACUUGGAUUCUUUGUUCGACUUGCCUCCUGUGAAGUCUAUUGAUGAUAUCAGAAGUUUGAGAAAGUUCCAUGAAGCUGUUACGGUUCGAAUUCGGAAUCUUCAGAGUCUGGGUGUAUCACGAAGCCAAUAUUCGAUUACCAUUUUCCGGACAAUUCUUCGGAAGAUACCUUCACCACUUGAGUUGGAAUACUACCGUGUGAACAGAACCGACUCUGCAACCGCCUCGGCAGCCACGUCGACGGCCGAUGAUCUGUCAUCACUUUUGGAUUUCCUUGAAAAAGAAAUUGAGUUUCGAGAACGGGUCCGCAGGCCGACAGCUUCGUCUAAGGAGGAUACUGCUGAUCGCCGCAAGACACCCCUUUAUCCUUCUGCUGCUUCUUUAGCAGCCAGCGCGACGGCAGCGGUGUGUGUACUCUGCAAGUCUAAGGAGCAUUCGCUAGAAGCUUGUACAGCCCCACUGACCGCAGCGGACAAGAGGAGCCUAUUGCGUCGGGAAGGACGUUGCUUUCUGUGUGGCAAGCGGGCACAUUUGUCGAAGGAUUGUCGCGUCUGCUACAGACUUCGUUGCCAAAAUUGCAAUAGGCGGCAUCUCACACAGUUGUGUCUGGAGGGCCUUUCCGCUUCGUCGUCCAAUGUCGCUGUUACUCCAGACAUCGUUACGACAUCUCCUGCUCCGUCGUCGAGCGCGGCAGUGGUUCAGGACAUCGUCACGACCAUGUCCUCUGCCCCACAUGCUCCCAAAGUGCAGCCUGAACGGGAAAUUCUUUUGCAAACAGCAAAGGUAUGGGUACAGGGCGAGAAUGGCCAACGACGCCUGGUGCGAGUUCUGCUCGAUGGCGGCAGCCAGCGCAGUUUUAUCCGCAAGGAUAUGUCGGCCAAGAUUGGAUGCACUGCGUUGCGUACUGAGGACUUGCAUAUUCACACCCUUGGAAAUGUCGCUCCCUCUCGUACUACAUACCGUUGUGUACAAGUAGUACUGUGUAGCCAAUUCGCUUCUCCUGACCGGGACCCUGCAGUUACGAUCGAGGCACUUGAAUACGAGCAAAUAUGUUCGAACAAGCUACCAGCCCUUAAUGAAGAUCUCUCAAGGCAGCUGAAAACCAUGGGUCUGGACAUUGCUGACGAACCCACGAAAGCCACCUGUGACGUUUCGCUGUUAAUCGGCAGUGAUUUUUACUGGAAGAUCGUCACCGGCGCUUCCGUUCGGUUAUCAGAACAGCUGGUAGCUGUUGAAACUCUUUUCGGGUGGACGCUACAAGGCCUGUCUGCGAACGCCUCCAAGCAAGACGGUUCUAUUGGAGUAAUGCAGAUUGGGGUACAAUCUGGAGACACCGUCAGCGAUAUUGACUCCCAGCUGCGUGCUUUCUGGGAACUAGAGCAUAUGGGCAUUGUCCACCGCGAAGAGUCUAACCCAGAUGACGACACUGUGCUCCAGCGAUUUGGUUCCUCGGCAUCGUUCGAAGAUGGUCGGUACGUAGUACGUCUGCCAUGGGAUGAAGAGAAACUGCAUUCGCUGGGUGACAACAAGGCCUUAGCAGUGCAGCGCCUCCAGGCCAUCACAAAGAAGUUGUUGCGGGACGAGUCACUGCUACAGGAGUACGAUCAGACUAUACGGGAGUAUUUGAAUAAUGGUCAUGCAGAGCGCGUUACAGACCCUGAAGUCAAUUCGGGACCGGUCUACUACAUGCCGCAUCACGCUGUAAUUAGAAGAGACCGGGAAACCACCAAAGUCCGCAUCGUCUUCGAUGCUUCAUCGAAGGCAUCUGGUUGCGUUUCGCUUAAUGAAGCUCUCCAUUCUGGACCUAAUCUGAACCCGGAUGUGCUGGAGCUACUCUUGCGCUUCCGCACUUACCCGGUAGCCCUUAUAGCAGACGUGGAGAAGGCUUUUCUACAAAUUGUAUUGGAUAAGCACGACCGGGACUGUUUAAGAUUUUUCUGGUACGCUUCAACCCCCCACGUGAAAGAGCCUUUACCUCCAUUAGAGACCUGGCGAAUGACCAGCGACGAAUGUUUGGCACAAGUGGUGCAAUGA